AUGAUUCUGAUCUCAAUCGCAGUCCUUGAAGACGAGUACGGCACAAAGCUUGCUUACUUCCUGUCGUUCGAUGGAGGCAAUCUCGAAGUGGAGUUCGCGGAGAGCGUCUCCUAUUAUCGACUCAUAUCUAUCGUCAAUGCGUUGGAUUGGAUUUGUAAAGCGAUCCGAUGCCCACCGCCACAGGAUUUGGAACGAGCAGUUUAUCUUUCAACGUCGGCUUGGCACAUAUUGAAUGCUACUCAGAACACGGGACCUGCGAGAGAUGAUCAAAACGCGUCCCCUAGGAUUGUGAUCAGUUUCUCUAUACGUACGAAACCAAAUCACUCCAUCGAAGACAGCUGCUGGCAAAAGCUCUUCAAGUCAGCCUUUGUAGUGGUGGAUGAAGGUCCCCAAGGCCUUGAGCCUGUCGGGCAUGGCCUCGAGAUGUCAUUCGAUCUAAUGACGCGCCUCGCAGCUAUUGAGUAUCCCGUAGAAGUGGAUGGUGGGGUCAUUCUCGCAGGUUACCAGACCGUGCUCUUCCCUACGCGACUGGAAUCUACUUACGCGCAAUUUCACCUAGAAAUUAGUGACAACGGUCAGAUUAACCCAUUUGAUCUCGAGUACAAAUCAAGACUGAAAAUUAAUGACUAUGCUCGGAUCAAGAAUAUGCGGUGUUUCCUCGGUUGGUGUGAUCUCGCACACAUUCAGCUUGGCAGCAGGAGCCUUCCCAUGUCUGUAAUGUAUUCGGACGCAAAGAAAAAGGGCAAGACUUUGCAGCGCAGCGGCAUCUCCACCGGCUUUCAGUUCACGUCCGCGAGCCCGGUACAAGCAGGGAUCAACGGCCAAAUGAGCUAUUCUUUCGUCUCGCACCGUCUCCGCUUCCAACCGUCGUCAGACUACAUCAAGAUGCUUUUUGACACUUCCAAAGACGUUGCACUAGUAUCUGACGUGCAAGCUCGUCGAUCGUGGCUUGUUCCGAAGCUGAGCCUCAUGCUUCAUAUGGCACAUGCGUGGGUAAAUAUUAUGUCUCCAUCUCCUAAAGACGAUCCCAUCCCAUUCGUCGAACCUCACGAAGAUGGGCGUGAUGUUGUAAAAGCGCUAGAAGACCAUGGAGACAUCGUUAUCUGCGGCCAGAAUACAGAGUCUUUUACGCUCCGCCGGCUGCUAAUGGGAUUAAGUCUGAAUCUGCUUGCAUCUGUCGACCGCAAGGCAAGAAGUACGAAAAGGAUCCUUUACGGGUUUGAAUUCAUGGAUCUCGUUUCCGAGCCUGGAAGAGGGGGGUUCAUGAAAGAACUCAAGAUCGGAGCAAGUCCAAGCUGGCUUGCACUUGCGAAUCUUGCCGAUGCCGUCAUAGUAUGCUCGAAACUAGGCGAGGCUAUUAUUCCAGCACAUGACGAGCAUCGCAAGAAAAGGACAUGUGAUAUCGUCCCCUGCGGGCAGGAUUUUCUCGCAGUGCAUCUGACAUGCAUCGGUGGCCUCAUGGAUCGUGCUGGAAUGGACAAGAACACAUUCGACGAUCUCAUUUCAAUUCCACUCUCUCACGAAAUCAAUUGGACAGUUUCCGGAAACCCUUUCGAGAACUGUAAUCAUGAGCGCGAUGGUGCGGAUACAUGCUGGGCGAGACAGACCAUGCUCCAAAGUCUCGGUCGGGAUCGCGUUUUCCGCUUCAAGCGUUCCAGUCAUGAUCAGAACAGUAAUUCAAGGUCGAAGUCACGCGAUAUGAAGGGCGCUGUCGUAUUCGGAAAGCAUAGGGCGAAGGCGGAUAAAGUGCUAUAG